CACACACUUGCAUCCAGUUGUAAUUAAUCUCUGGCUUCUUUGCAAUUCAUAAACUCAUGGCUAUUCGGACGACUUUGAAAGCUGUUAUGCAGCUUCUCAUCGUCAUCUCAUUCCUUGCAUUCUCCGUAGCAGCUCAAAUUCUCACAGCACAAGUAUCAACACCAACAUCAUGGACCAAUAAUAUAUCCCUACCAUAUGCCAAUUCUGCACGAAUAAUCCUCUCUGAUGGAAAUGCUACUGCUGCAUUCCAAAACAAAACGAUUUCUUCCGGAUCCAAUUUUGGUUCCGUUUGUGCAUUUCGCAGUGCUUAUGACGGUGAUGGUCGCUUCUUUCUUGUUGUUGCGUUGUUAACAAUAUAUACAGAUAAAUACUCUAAUUUGUCCAUACAAGAUUAUGCCAACAUAUGGUCUGCAAAUAGAAACAGACCCGUUGGUGAGAAUGCAAAGUUACAGUUACUAGUUGAUGGAAAUUUGGAGCUGAGAGAUGCAGAUGGAAGUCUGGUUUGGUCUACCAACACAUCUAACAAGUCUGUUGCAGGUAUGAAGAUGAUGGACACUGGAAAUCUUGUCGUCUAUGAUGCCAAUAACAAUAUUGUCUGGCAGUCUUUUGAUCAUCCAACAGAUACAUUACUUCCCGGCCAGAAAUUGGUGAGAGGCCAGAAGCUGGUGAGUAGUGUUUCAAAUGGCAAUAUCUCAGAGGGAAAUUUCUAUUUUUCUGUGACCUCUAAAGGUGUGUUUGGUUUUUAUCAAACUAAUGUCCCACAGAUGUAUCUUAAAUUAUCUGGUGAAAACCUGGAAAGCAUAGAGCUAAACUACAAUGGAUCUGAGGAUAUUGUGUUAUAUGCCAAUGCAUCUGCGUUUGAUGUGAGCAGGCUUCUUUAUCAAGCCUCUGUUCGUGGUAGACGAGGACCUUUCUUAAAAUUUGAAUCAAAUGGGCAUUUCAUUCUUUAUGACAGCAGUGGGAUUAGAGCUGAUGACAUGUUGACUCGCUAUCUGUCGAAAUGCGAUUACCCAACAGUAUGCAGUGACUAUGAACUCUGCUCAAAUGGAAUGUGCUCAUGUCCACCAGGACUUGCUCGAGACAAUCAGACAAAUGCUCAAGACAAAUCCGGAUGCUCAGAAAUUAAUGCAACGACAUGUGAAAAUCUUAAAUAUCAAUCUCUUCUUGCAUAUGAAAAUGUGUACCAUUUCAGCUAUAUUGACGAUGAUGCUGCAGCCCGUAAAGGAACAGAUGUGGAGAGUUGUAAGAAGGAAUGCUUGAAAAAUUGUUCAUGCAAAGUUGCUUUAUUUCGGUACCUUGAUAAUUUUCUCUUAGGGGAUUGUUUUUUACCCUCUCCCUUUCGCUCAUAA